AUGUCCGGCGUAGUUAUACAUGGCGAGACGGUAGAUGACCAAUCCCGGUGUGUUCACUGGCAUCUGCCGAAGGACGUAAUCGCGAUAAAGUUUAAAUGCUGUGGCAAAUACUACGCAUGUUUUGAAUGCCACGAGGAAUUGAGUUCUCAUCCCCUACAAAAAUACGAUCUUCGUGACGAUGCAAAUGAAAAACUGGUCAUUUGUGGAGUUUGCCGUCAUGAAAUGUCGUUCGCGGAAUACUAUGACAAUAACGCGAAGCUAAUUUGCCCCAAUUGUCGGUCUCUCUUUAAUCCAGGUUGUAAACUACACUACCACUUGUAUUUCCACAAUCCCCCAUCUAUGGCGUGUUAA